CUGUACCGUCAGGUAAACCGGCGCGAUCGCUGUUUGUCGUGUACGUACUAGUGUAUCGUCAGAGAGCGCAUCGCUGUAUGGUGCUGGUCAGUGCUAGACCCUUUGCGGACAUCGGUAAGAGUCGACCACAAACACAACCCCUCUGGAUUGUCACAGUGUCGAUAGCUUAUUUAACUGACGGAUUAAAAGGAUAUACGCUUUAUUGAAGAGUCUUUUCGGCUUUUGUGGUACUAUGUCAGAACCCAAAUGCAAUUUGGACGUUCAACCACCUGGAUCCGAAUGACACCUGCAACCAGCCUCCAUGCUUACAAAACGCUAUGCCAACAUGCUUCACAGAAAUGGAUCUUUUUGUAUGUGCCAUGGACCCCGUGAAAAGGACUCUCUGAGUUUGUAGUACCAUCAUCCUCCUACCUCACCCUCUCCAUUCCCCUAAUUCUGGUCAUCUCUGCAGCCCCUUGAGCCAUCAUUUUGAUUGCUGCUCCUGUGCGUUAGUGGUCACCGGAAUUUUAGGAGCAGAAACAGCCUUAUCUUCACCCCCAAAGGUUGACUGACAAUGGCAAGGCUUUUGUCUUUCUCUGCGGUUUUGGCUGGAGUCUGCAUUCUUCUAAGGCUGUGUGUUGGAGCAGGUCAGAAUCCUGACCACGUGCUGCAGGGCACUGGAGUGAGGCCUGGCUCAGACUUCAGAAGGCCUGGGGAUGACUCUACUGUGGCACCAGAAGAUGCUGCUCGCUUUCUCAGCUGCCACUGUUCAGGACACUGCCCUGACGACGCCAAGAAUAACACCUGCGAGACAAAUGGGCAGUGCUUUGCUAUCACUGAAGAAGAUGAAAACGGAGAUGUGAUCCUAAGCUCAGGCUGUAUGAAAUAUGAGGGCUCUCACUUUCAGUGCAAGGAUUCACAGUUUGCACAGACACGUCGAACCAUUGAAUGCUGCCAGUUUGAUUUUUGUAAUCGAGACCUAAAGCCAGAGUUACCACCUCGAGACUUGGAACCACCAGACUCUCAUUGGCUGGCCUUCCUCAUUUCAGUAACUGUGUGCUGCUGCACCCUCAUCUGUGUCACUGUCAUCUGUUAUUACAGGUAUAAGUGGCAGACAGAGAGGCAGCGCUACCAUAGAGACCUGAAGCAGGACGAGGCCUUUAUCCCAGUAGGAGAAUCUCUAAAAGAUCUCAUCAACCAAUCUCAAACAUCAGGCAGUGGCUCCGGGCUCCCUCUGCUGGUCCAGCGCACCAUUGCAAAGCAGAUCCAGACAGUGCGUCUUAUUGGUAAAGGGCGAUAUGGAGAGGUGUGGCUGGGUCGGUGGAGGGGGGAGAAGGUAGCAGUGAAAGUGUUCUUUACUCGAGAGGAGGCCAGCUGGUUUCGAGAGACAGAGAUCUACCAAACCGUGCUCAUGAGACAUGAGAAUAUACUAGGCUUCAUUGCUGCUGACAUAAAUGGCAGUGGAGCCUCUACGCAACUCUACCUGAUCACUGACUACCAUGAGAAUGGCUCUCUUUAUGACUAUUUGAAGUUCACCAUUCUGGAUACACAUGCCCUGCUUAGACUGGCCUACUCUGCUGCCUGUGGCCUGUGUCACCUGCACACAGAGAUCUACGGCACACAAGGAAAACCUGCUAUAGCUCAUAGAGACCUGAAGAGCAAGAACAUCCUCGUUAAGAAAAAUGCCACCUGUUGCAUCGCUGACCUGGGCUUUGCUGUCAAAUUUAAUAGUGACACAAAUGAAGUGGACAUCCCACUGAGUACACGUAUGGGGACCAGACGUUAUAUGGCUCCAGAAGUCCUGGACGAGACUCUGAAUAAGAACCACUUCCAAGCUUACAUCAUGGCCGACAUCUACAGCUAUGGACUGGUUAUUUGGGAAAUGGCCAGACGCUGUGUUACUGGAGGUAUCGUGGAGGAAUAUCAGCUACCAUAUUAUGAGAUGGUUCCAUCAGACCCAUCUUAUGAGGAUAUGCUAGAGGUAGUGUGUGUCAAAGGACUGCGGCCAACUGUAUCUAACAGAUGGAACAGUGAUGAGUGCCUGAGGGCCAUGUUGAAGCUGAUGUCAGAAUGCUGGGCCCACAAUCCUGCGUCACGCCUGACCAUCCUACGAAUCAAGAAGACUUUAGCGAAAAUGGUGGAAUCUCAAGACAUUAAAAUCUGAUUCAUCUUUUUACCUCAGCACAUUUGCAAGAACAUACAACAGAGUGGUUUUAUUUCAUCUUUGACAUCACUGUCCCCUUUACUGAAGAGAAUUAUGAGAGUCGGUAAUGGUGACAUCUAACAGCUGUAAAACCUUUUCCUCUCCUGCACAAGCUGUUGUGGAUCAGACAUUGUGCCUUUGCUGCUUUCUGUGAAAGCUAUGUCAUUGCAAACUUGGAUCAUUACUGCAAUAGACAAAUAUGAUAGAGUGGGAUUUUUUUUUAGGUUUUGGGAAAAUCUGCCUUCGACAGAAAUACACACCCACCAGUUAUUUUGGCCAGUUGUGCAUUUAAGUUUCUUUAGAUUCUGGGAUAAACCUCCUGCCAUAUGUAUAAAAUACUGUUAUCUUUUCAUGGAAUCUGUAUAGUAUGACUUGUAAAUGUAUUAUAGUAAAGAUGAAGAACAGCAAAAUAAUAUUCUAUCAAUAUAAUCUCGUCCAUUUAACAACAGCUUUGUACAAGUUGUAGACUCUUCAGAGGAUUAUUGAAUGUGCCUGUAGCUCCCUGAUGUGUGUGGCAUUUAAAGAUCUUAUAACCAUACUACCAUAAAUAGCCAACCAUAAAUAGCUUUUCCCUCGCCAUGAACUCUUGAGAAAAAUAUAUAAUUUUGGAAUUCCAAAUCCACCCCCUACCUUUACCUUUUAAAAAAGGUAAAGAAACAUGCAUGCUUUUGUUAGGUGCAGUGUUGUUUUUUCCACACAAGUGAUUUUGAUAAUGAUUUUGUUGCAUGAACCAUAAAUUGUUUGAGAUGCUUGCUUCAAAGCAU